AUGAUAAACGAAUGGGAAUACAGCCAAAAAUCCAAAACAUAAGAUUAGUUAUUCAAUGCCUUUAGAAACAGUCAACUUUCUUCUAUUUUAAAAGCUGAAAAUGCCCCUCCUCCCCCAAAUUUAAUUUAUAAUUCUACAACUGAUUUUUUAUAAGAUUUUGGAAAGUUAGCAACUAUUAAUGGUAGUAUAACUUAUAUAGUUUAACAAGUCCCUAUAAUAGGCACUUUGCUUUUAGUAGGAGGGCUAGGUUAUUCAACAUUAACUUUAUUUAAAAGAAAAUCCGCUAACAAUAAUACUAAAUUAAAUAUGCUUGGAAAAAUGGUUAUAGGUACCGGCUCGGCUAUUACAGGUUCACUUUCGGGAGCAUUUUUUGGAUAAACAUUAAUUCCAGUGCCUAUAUUGGGUGCUUUUAUUGGAGGAGUUGUUGGAGGAGUAAUCGGAAGUGCAUCUUCAAUGUAUAUAUUGGAUGAGUUUGAUAAAGAAACCGAAUGGCCUGUUUCUAUUAAAAAUUCCUUUAAUUGGAUCUUUAAUUAAAAUAUUGAUCUACUUUGGUGUAUUGUAAAAGGAGAAAUUAUUGUUAAAAAUAUUAUUGAAUAAUGUUGA